AUGGGCAGUGAUCAGAGAGUGGUUUGUGUGAAGAAAGUGAAGCAAAAAGUGGCAGAAGAAUGGGACGAGAGCAUGCCAUUGCCUGGAGACAUUAUAGAAGGCAUAGCGGCAGGUGCUGCUGCUAACACAUUCAUACCAGCCAAGGCAAGGUCAGUACUUAGUUCACAACUUGGAAGCUUUAGUCGACAGACUGAAGUGAUUUGGUUGAAGGUGAGGAGAGGGGAUAGCGUACUCAAGCUCCAAGCAUGUGUGGUGAAAAAGGGAUGUUCAAAGUUGCAAAGGAGGUUUACCAUUAGAGCAGCCUCUGAUGAGAGGCAUGUUGUGGGUUUAGCAGAUUUAACUCAUGAACAAUGUACUGCACUCCAAGAAAUGAGUAGGAAGAUUGUGACUAUGGACUCCAGGGGAUUCAAUAAAGAAGCGAUAAAGUAUGACUGGAAAAUGAAAGUUGGGACCUAUAUUCCGGAUGAGGGGUCUACAGUUAUUAGUUCCAUUCUUUUCAUGCCUCUGGAGAAAGAGCACAACAUUGAAGCCACCACAACGAGAACCAUGGCCUGGUUUUCAGCAGCUGUUUCUUCAGGGGCUCCGCUUGUGUUUGUUAACAUUCAAACAGAGCAAAUUACCAACUCGAAGAGAAGUAACAUCCCGGCAAAAGAGAGUGCAAGGAUCAGGCAACAGAAAUACACUACAGAUGUCCAAAGAUUGCAAGGUAUCAGAUUAUGGUUUCUCCCAGGCGUUGCAGAGGUGUCAUUCAAGUUGGCACCUGAAAAUGGAGAAACCAGAUUCGGAAUGAACAUCAGCAGAAUUGAUGAGGUGACAGAAAAAUCAUCCCUUACAGUUGAUAAAUAUCAGCAGUCUUCUGGUUUCGUCUAUGUCCAUUCUGUAACAAAAGAAACAGCCGCUGAACGUGCUGGUCUCGGGGACUUACUUGAGCAAGCAAACAAAACUGGUCAUCUGGUCGUGAUCUCGCGGUUAGAAGGAAGGAGCCUCAUGCCUUCAACAGUCAGCUCUGACGGUCUAAUACAUUGUGGUGACAAUGCUGAAAUUAAGGAUACACUCACUUCAGCAAUUGAAGAAUUGGAUAGCAUCCGGAUUCAUAUCAUGUCCUGGCCCAAUAACAUGAUUCACCAAGCUCCACAACCACUUGAUGUUUCUACUCUUAGGCCUCCACAGUACUAA